UUUUGUUUGUUGUGUUGUGUGUUCUGUGUGUAUGUGAUUUAUUGUGACAGUUGGCUCGGUGUGCUUGGCAGAGGCGUUUGGUGACCGUGUUUGGUGAAGGACAUAACCAAAUUUGGCUAUUUUCACCUGGCAAAGAUGGACAAAUGCAGCAUGGGCUCCAAGAAGACUUUCGUGUCCACUUUUCGGAUGGAUUUUAAGCCUGCCGCCCCUCGGCAGUUUGUGUUGAAGGGGAUCAAGAAUGAGCUGGAGGACAGGGACACUGCUCGGGGGGGUAGCAGCAAGCAGGGAACCAUAUCAACAGAUAUCACCUCAAAGAGAAGAGUCUCCACUGAAAAGGGUCCCCUGCUGGAGUUUCUUGACCCCCAAGAGCAGUUGGAAGUGCGGGUGGGAGGGCAGGCCAAACUCCACUGUGCAUUCAGGAGCUGCAGUGUUCCUGUGGCUUCCUGCUGGAUCUACAACAGAGAGCAGGUGGUUGCAGGCAGGCCGAGGACUCGUGUAGAGAGCAGUGACACUGACAGCAGUGUGGAGAUAUCUCAGGCUUGUCCGGACGAUGCGGGUACAUACACUAUAUUGGUGCGGAAUCGCAGGGGCUUGGCUCAGCACACAGUCACCCUCAGUGUUAUCGACCGGCCUCACCCUCCGGCAUCUAGUCCCAUGGUCUCCCAGCUCUCCUCCUGCUCCCUGGUCCUGUCAUGGUCGGGGCCCAGCUACGACGGGGGCACUGCCGUCACAGGCUACGCGGUGGAGGUGAGACGAGAAGGCACUGAGAAGCCCGAGGACUGGACUGAGGUGACGACCCGCUGCAAGAACACCUCAUACCGGAUCCGCUCGGUCCUGGAGCCCCUGGGGGAGUACCGCUUUCGCGUUCGGGCCUACAAUUUGGCAGGUGUCAGUGAGCCGAGUGAGGUGUCAGACUGUGUCAAGAUGGACACCAGAGGAGAGCCAAAAGUGGAAUCCCAAUCGUAUGUGACUGUCACCAUUGACACCACACACAAAGUCAAGGAUCAUUACAAUGUGCAUGAGAAGCUGGGAGUGGGGAAGUUUGGCCAGGUUUUCAGGCUGAGUCACAAGGAGACAGGUCAGGUGUGUGCAGGGAAGUUCUACCGGGCCCAUAGCUCCAAGGCGAAGGCUGUGGCGCGCAGGGAGAUCGAGCUGAUGAACUGUCUCCACCACCCCAAGCUGGUGCAGUGCCUCGGGGCCUAUGACACCCGCUCCGAAAUCAUCAUGGUGAUGGAGUACAUUGCCGGCGGGGAACUGUUUGAGCGCAUCGCGGACGACAACUUUGAGCACACGGAGCCUACCAGCGCACGCUACAUGCAUCAGCUCCUGGAGGGCAUGCAGUACAUCCACCGGCAGAACAUUGUCCACUUGGACCUCAAGCCAGAAAACAUUGUGUGCGUGGACACCACGGGCACGCGGAUUAAGAUCAUCGACUUUGGCCUGGCAGCCAAGCUGGAGCCUGGUACUCCACUGAUGGUGAUGCAUGGGACGCCUGAUUUUGUGGCCCCUGAGGUGAUCAGCUACGAGCCGGUAGGGCUGGCCACUGACAUGUGGAGCAUCGGAGUCAUCUGUUUCAUCUUGCUGAGCGGUGAGUUGCCCUUCCAAGGUAACAGUGACGCAGAGACCCUAAGCCUGGUGACGGCCGCCCGCUAUGAGUUUGACCAGGAAAGCUUCGAGGACAUCUCGGACCAGGCUAAAGACUUCAUCACCUCUCUGCUCAAGAAGGACACAAGGUGUAGGCUGUUGUGUGACGAGGCCCUGGCCCACCCCUGGAUGGCCUCUUUUACCCUUCUGGUCCGCCGGCCCACCAAGUCCCUCAAGAAGGACAAGAUUCGACGUUUCUUGGCCAAGCGCAGAUGGAAGAAAACAGGCAAGGCUGUCCUGGCACUGCAGAGGAUGGCAAACCUCACCAACGGACCCGACACUCCUGGCAGCCUUGGGGAGGAGGCGAGCUGGAGCCCGGCGGCAGAGCAGGCCAUCCAGACCCUGGAUCAGGAGCUACAGAGCGAACCCCGCUUCCAGCAGGUCCUAAGGGACACCAGCCAGCCCCGGGGAUCUUCCGCCCGCCUGGCCUGCCGUGUCCAGGGCUACCCCGAGCCGGAGGUGGUGUGGUUUAAGGAUGAGGAGACCGUGGAGUCAUCGUCGAGGGUCACCGUGGGGUACGACGGCAUGUGUGAGCUGGUCCUGACUGACCUGGGACCUGCCGACACUGGGGUUUACAAGUGCAGAGCUACCAACGUCCUAGGGGAGGCGCUGUGCUCGGCCAAACUUACAGUGGAACUGUAGCCUGAAAACACAAAACAACUACAUCUGGAUCCCUAAUCUCCACCCAUUUCCCCAAAGUGUGCACUUUCCGUUAUGGAUUUAACAAUGCUGGAAAC